UUUAGGACUCUAUGAUUUGCAGGCCUCCCCUGCUGGCACAAAACCUGAGUGGUUAUUUGGUGAGAAAAUGGGAAGUUUCUCUUGCACAUGAGGUUUAUAAUACUGGGGAAGAUUUGUUGCUUAGAGGGUUGCCAAGCUUGGAUGAAUGGAAAAGUGGGAGUGAUGCAAGUGGGAGCAAUGUGCCUUUUAAGAAGGUGCAGCUCAGCAAUUGGAUCAGAAAGGUUUUGCAGAGACCACCAUGAGUGCAAAGGAAUAACUGUUUGUCCUUGGACCAUUCCAGCAGCAUCUGUAAAAGCAGCAGCUUUCAGUGGGUGAGCUUGUAUUUGCUCCCUGAAAACCCUGGUUUCUGAGUGAAAGUAGAACUAUUCUGGGUUGCUGACAGAUUUCAGACCAGCAGGGAAUAUGCCAUUCUUUGGCUGUAUGAAGGAGGAGACCACACUGUAUUUUUGCUUUAGAUAUUCCCCUAAGACAGCUGGGGAGUAGGGACGCCUCCAUCAGUGCCCCAUCACACAUGCACAGCAUCCAAAGGAGGAAGAGGAGAGACAGGAGGGCAGCUAGGCUCUGUCUCAUUAUACACACCAAAAUAAUCCACAUGCUCAUUAUCCCACAGAGCAGACCAGCUCUGCACCAAUGCCCUCAAGAACCACAGACCAAGGUGCUACAGUUUGGUCCUCAUUACUUGAUAUAGAAUGCCCAACAAGAAACCAACCCUUGAGGAAUUAAUUAAUUUUCAUUUUCCAGUCUGUCAGUCUUGUUGAAGAGAUUUUGCCUCACUGUAUAGCAAGGUCGCUGUGACAAAUUUUGACAAAAUCCAAGUUCAAGUGUUUUUUGAUUUCGCAAGCGCAUGAGCUCAGUGAGAAAGAACAGACUGAGAUGACAAGGAGAACAGCCAAUCCUGUUAUAUUUGUCUUUCUUAUUACUGACUUGCCAUGAUAAAUAUGGAAAAUUAUAUUUGGCUAGAAGGAGGCUGAGAAAGGGAACAGAUGGCCACCGAAAGAAUACUAGAGCAGCUAAUAGUCACUGGCAUAUUUCCGGGAGAAAAAUUUAAAUCUGAAGCCAAGCAGAAGCAUUAUCCAUUUUUUGCUGCUCAGGGCACUGUGCAUGGAACUGCUCCUGCUAUGCUCUGACUAGAUGAAGGUGGGCUUCCUGAAAUGCCUUCACCGAAUGGAAUAAACAGCUCCUGUCCUGCACUUAACAGCUCUUGCAGUAAUGCUGACAGAAAUAGUUGACAAGUCUUCCCAUGUGGAUGCUUUUUCUCAGUCCCAGCUGACUGUUCAAGAGAGGGAUCAUCUGGGCUCUAACAGAGUCUUCCAUCAGAGAGUGAGUCGUGGUGUUCUUUCCCUCCCACAUCUGGAAGGUCAAGUGAAGCAUGGUCUGGCUGCAGACACUGCAAACCCUCCCCCCUUUGAGAGCAGCCUGCCUCAAAUAGCAAAUAAGAGCUUGAAGAGUGUCCUCCCCUCUCUUCAGGAAAAUGGAACUCAAGGCAAUUUUCCCCAAUUUAACCUUCCAGACAGUGUUCCUGAGAGUGAUACCAGAGUCCAUACAAAGCCAUCUGAACUGGAGAGCACCAGCCUCGGGGUCAAACUGCCUAUGACAGCUUCAGAAGCCUUGAAAAAUUUUAGAAACCAGUUAACAGUCUAUGAGCAAAAAGAAAUUUUCAAUUAUACAGAACUCUGGUUUCUUGGCCUGGAAGCUAAAAAGAUUGAAGGUUUGCCUGAAACCCAGAAUAAUAAUUGCUAUGAUGAUGAACAUGGUUCCUACUUAAAGGUUUUGCAUGACCACAUUGCCUACCGCUACGAAGUCUUGGAGGUCAUUGGGAAAGGAUCAUUUGGGCAGGUGGCCAAAUGCUUGGAUCACAAAACCAACGAGUUAGUGGCAUUGAAAAUAAUAAGGAAUAAGAAAAGAUUUCACAGCCAGGCUUUGGUAGAAGUGAAGAUCCUUGAUGCUCUCCUGAAGAAAGACAAAGAUGAUACUCACAAUAUCAUCCACAUGAAGGAAUACUUCUACUUUCGCAAUCACUUCUGUAUCUCCUUUGAACUGCUGGGAAUAAAUUUGUAUGAGCUGAUCAAAAAGAACAAUUUCCAAGGCUUCAGCCUGUCUUUGAUUCGCCACUUCACUCGGUGUGUGCUGAGGUGUUUACAAGUGCUCUACCAGGAAAGAAUCAUUCACUGUGAUCUGAAGCCUGAGAACAUACUAUUAUACCACAAUGGGCAAGGUUCAGUCAAAGUUAUUGAUUUUGGAUCAAGCUGCUAUGAAGACCAAAGAGUGUACACCUAUGUUCAGAGCCGCUUUUAUCGCUCCCCCGAGGUGAUUCUUGGUCAUCCUUAUGCUAUGGCUGUUGACAUGUGGAGCUUGGGCUGUAUCAUAGCAGAGCUUUACACAGGCUACCCACUGUUCCCAGGGGAAAAUGAAGCUGACCAAUUGGCUUGCAUCAUGGAGGUAUUGGGCCUUCCACCUGCUGAUUUUAUCCAGGCUGCGUCAAGGAGGAGAACAUUCUUUGAUUCCAAAGGUUUUCCUAAAUCCAUAACUAACAGCAAAGGGAAAAAGAGAUGCCCAGAUUCCAAGGAUCUAAGCACAGUGCUGAACACCCAUGAUGCUGGUUUCCUGGACUUUUUGAAAGGAUGCUUAAUGUGGGAGCCUUCCCUGCGCAUGACUCCUGAUGAAGCGAUGAAGCAUGCGUGGAUCCAGGAGCCAAAAAUAUUCCGGAAAACGCAGGCUCCAAGGAAGAUGAGUGAUGGCUCCUUCUCUGUUCUGGAAAGCAGAAGAGAGACUAUUCAGAAUCUCUGGAAAAAUGCAGCUGACAGAGUGAGAAGUGAACUGGCUGACAGACUGACCCCCUUCACAGGCACAGCAGAAAGUGAUGUGCAGAACACAAGGAAGCAUGCUAUCCCAGAGAAAUAUUUGGAAAACCACAUGGAAAAGCCCAUUAAAUACAAUCAAGCAGAAGACAGUGGUGAAAGAGCUCUUCCAAAAACUUCUCUGUUUUUCCCACCAAUUAAGUAACACUGAGCACAGUCUAUGAUUGGCUCAGUUGCGUACCUAGUGUAUUUUGUAGGUAUUAUUUGUACUCAGGAAUAUAAGCUAUAUCUGUCUGUUCAUGGGCUGUGCACAUUGUAAGUAUACUCAAUGUUCUUUUUACCCUGAAAUCAUCUAGUCAACCAAAACAGAAUUUGAGAACCAUUCCUUUUCCUCAUCUACAUCCUUGUGAUCAGAGAUUCUUCACAACCAGCAGCAAUAAAAUGGAGACUGUAGAGGUGGA